GAAUCGGUGCAGUUAGUUGCGACGUAUGACAUCGGUGGCGUUUAUUUUGUGACUCUCGGGUGAAAUAAGCCUUGCAUCUCGAUAUUUGCCGCCUCUCUUGUUUUAGUGUUGUGAAGUUUCAGUGUUGCAUGGAUUUGGGUGUACCGGUGCCUAAUUUGCAACUGGACUUAUCCUGUGGACACACGGCACCACUCUGGACCGAUGGCGCUUCCGUACUCUUGAGGAGGAACAUCCGAUCCUCCAACAGUUUUUUAGUAUUGAAGAUACAAGAGCCAUAACGCAACACUUGCUCUUGGCGCAACAGGCACUUCAGGAACCAACACUGGAGCGCCUCGAGCGUCAUCACGUACCGCACCCACGUCGGGCGAUGUCUCCAAACCAUCGCCCGUCUCCUCCAACGCUACCAGCUUCCGCUUUCCAUCCUACUAGAUUACCGCCAACGAUGUCUCCUCAUCAAAAGCAUCCUCUGAACUUCAUUAAGCUACCGACGCCAAAUGGACCUAUAUCAUCCAAUUCACCACCAAGUAGCAUCACUGCAUCUUCUUUGAAUUCUUCACCUUUAAAUAGACUUCAAAAUAUGCAACAUUUUAACUUUCGAAAACUUGGCGCAGGCUUGUCCGCAUUUCCCACACGAGUAAGUCCGGAACAAAGAAGGAUGUCUGAAAAUGAAUCUUUGGGUUUGAAUCUUACCAGAGCAACAUCUAUAUCAUCCUGUCUGCCGCCACCUCCUCCACCACCAUCAUCUCGAAGCCAUCCAACGUCAGAUUUAGUUGCAGCUUCUGUGAAUUCUCUUGCAGCUGCUGGUUUAGUAGCAUCUACCUUUCCUGGUCUGAUGUCCGCUAGAAUGUCCACGGGAAGUAAAUCUCCUUCUAGUGCUGAUGUUUUAAGUAGUGGUAAUACAAAUAGUGAAGAAGAUGAUGAUGGUGAUGAAAAUUCUCAUAGCGUUUUAAAUCUAAGUAGAGAUAGGGACGCUUUAAGAACUCCGAGACAAAAUCGCAUUUUACCGGGUCGAAAACCGUCCACGCCCACAAAGCGAACGUGGGGCUCGCCAAAUUUACCUCUUAAUUUAGGAACUCAAUUUAUCAAUCCAGCUACUGGGAAGAAAAGAGUUCAAUGUAACGUUUGUUUGAAAACAUUUUGCGAUAAAGGUGCUUUGAAAAUACAUUUUUCCGCAGUACACUUACGUGAAAUGCACAAAUGUACAGUGGAAGGAUGUAAUAUGAUGUUUAGCUCAAGAAGAUCGCGAAAUAGGCAUAGCGCCAAUCCUAAUCCUAAACUACAUUCACCCCACCUGAGAAGAAAAAUUUCACCUCACGAUGGCAGAAGCUCUCAAGCACAUCCUAUACUAAUACCUCCACAACCGGGUCUUUCUCUUCCUGCGGCCACAGCUUUAAGUCCAUUGAAUCCUUUUGGCCCAUUUCCUCUUUUAACUCCGCCACCAGACAUGAAAUAUCACUCAUUGCCGUCUAUGGACUUUAAGCAAACUUUAGAUUUAAGUAUCCAGCGAAUGAAAGAAAAUAAACUUGCUUAUGCAGACUUUGUUGCAAGUCAAGCACUACAUAACCAACAGCAUUCUGAAGAAGAUGACGAUGAUGAUGAUGGAAUCGUUGUUGUGGGAGGAGACGAUGAAGACGAUCAAGAUAAAGAUAGAAGGGAAACAACAAAUGGUACAAAUAACGUCCAAGACGUACCUGAAGAUUUAGUAAUGCCCGCUAAAAAACAAAAAAUAUCUGUAUCGGACGUAGAUGAAGACAUGACAAGUAAUAUCGACAGCAACGAAGACUCACUUAGUGUAGUUGAUACGCAAAGUCUUAAAGAUGAACCUAGUAUUCAAAUAAAUAAACGAAAGAGAAAAAGCCAAAAUCCAACUAGAUGUGCAGUACCUGUAAUGAUGGAGGAUGCUACUAGCGAUGGCGAUUCUUCUAACGAUGUUUUUUCCGAAAGAUUAGCUGAUCAAGUAAAACAGGAACAAGAAGAAAAAGAAGAGAAAGAAAAAAUAGUGAAAGUUGAGGUAGUACCUGUAGAAACCAAAAAAGAAAUGGAUAUGUCGGACAUUCCUUUAGAUUUAGGAAAACCAAGUGCUGAUGUAAAUGCAAAUGAAACAGAAAAAGUGCUUACUACAGAAAUUAAAACAAGCAUAGCCCCAUUGUUUACUAUAGAUAAACUCAAAAAAGAAAAACCUCAUCAAGAGCUGGAAGUUCAAGAUGAACCAGAAGAAAGACCAGCUAGCUCGAUUGAAAGCAAUAAAAGUGACGAAUCAUUUGAUUCGACAAAUCCGUUAAGGCAACUAGAAAGUCUUUCACAUGGGCCAUUCAACGAAUUUAUGGCUAGAGGAUUACAUUUAGGUUUACCAGGUCAGCCUCCUCCAUUUCCUCCUUUGGGGUUUAUGAUGAGUGCUGGCCCUCCAAGCCCUACUCGAUCUCAAACAUCCUCUGGAGACAGUAGCAAUGGUAGAGAUUCUCCAGACGAUAGCAGUCAGCAUCAAUUGUUUGGACAUUUCGAUAAUGGUCAGUUUAUUAGUGGUAUGGAUGUUCCAGUAGAUAAAGAUAAUCCAAGGAGAUGCACUGCUUGCGGUAAAAUUUUCCAAAAUCAUUUUGGGGUUAAAACGCACUAUCAAAAUGUUCAUUUAAAACUAAUGCAUAAAUGCAAUGUUGAUGGAUGCAACGCAGCUUUUCCUUCAAAACGGAGUAGAGAUAGGCAUAGUGCAAAUUUAAACUUACAUAGAAAGCUUCUUUCUACAACUUCCGACAAAACUGCUGCUGCAUUAUUUUUAGACAAAUCUCCAUUUGCAACAUUAACGAAUCCAGCAAUACAUGGAGAUUUUCUCACAAGAUUAUACACUGAUGAAGCUUUAAAAGGACACCAUUUACCUCCUCCUAAUCUAGACCAAUUAAUCCUUAAUGGUGACCGAAUACCUCAUCCCCCACUAUUAUUUCCACCUCUGGGUGGUCUUCCGUUUCCUCUAGGAAAUUUCAACCACUUUAGCCAAUUUAAUGGAUCAUCAUUAUCUACAACGCAUAAAGAACGUUCCUCCAGUUCCAAUUCGCCAGUCUCUGGCUCACCUCCACCAACAAAUUUGUCGUCUGCUCCAACCAAAUAUAUCCACUGUGUCGAAGAAGAUCUUCCAACACCUGAUAAAGAAAGCAAUCUUCCAUGUCGACUGUGCAAAACCGCUUUUAGUACUGCGUCACAACUUAAAGACCAUUGCGAGAAACAUCAUAUAUCCGAUAUGUUUAAGUGUACUGUGAUGGGUUGUCCUAAACUGUUCCUAUCGCGAACGAGAAGAAACAUCCAUUCGGAGAAUGAGUCUCUUCAUAUUAAAUCCCCAUCCAAAGAGACUGAACAUUCGUGACCUUUAAAAAAUACACUUGACUUUAGUGCGAUUCCACUGUGGUGGUGAUUUGAUAGUACCUACUUAUCAACGAUGUCUUAGUCGCUAGAAUAUGGUUGUCGUUUUUAUCAGAAAUCUUUACUUUUCUAAAAAUUAUUAAUAUCGAUACUAUUAUAAUGUUAAACAUACUCGUUAAGAGAUAGAUAAGUGUAGUGAAAUACUUAGCUCCUUAUAUUUUUGCUUUUCACAACCACAAAAUGUAUAAACUGUCUAUUAUAUACUUAAAAGUAAAUGCUCAAAAGCUCCUCUGAUGAAAAAUAAGAAUAAUGUCAUUGUAUAAUUGUUAUAAUGGCUCAUUCUAAAAUUGAUUUUUAUGAUACAGCUAUUAAAUUAUCUAGCAAUUUUCCUAAUCAAUAAUAUCCAAAGAAUAUAGUUCUCCUCUCGUCACUUACUAAAUGUUCUCGUCCUUGUAUAAAUAAAAAAAACUUACAAGAUAAUACUGAAAACAUCUACCACAC